GCUACAGCAUCGGUCUCUCUCUCUUUAAUCUCUUUUUUGUCAGCAGUCCGUGCUGCCUCUUUCUAUGGAGACAAUCAUAUUCUCUACAAUUUACAGUUCUUCCGCAGUGAUUUCAUUGCAUUACCUUCAUCUAUAUGGGACAUUUCCAUCAGAUAUGUUGAGUCUCCAUUGAGCAGCCCCGGUGUGCCACCUCUCUAUCGGACGGCAUCAUCUUGUUGGAUUCUAAAAGGGGUAGAACGGAGUUUUAUUCCCCCCUCGAAUUGCCCAUACAUUCUGAGCGUACCUCGGAAAGUCGGGGCGGCAGGACCGAAGCCGUACAAUGCAGAUACCGCAAAGGCAGGCACAUAAAGGAGGAAUUGAAAGGGGGAAAUAGUUACACCAGUGGACAGCUUGAGGGAAAGAACAACGUUCUGCUACUCAUAAAAAAAGGAUAGGACUUACAAACAACACAAGAAUACAGCCGAGAUCCAGAAUCGCACUCAUGGCAUGGGUCAAUGCCAUGAUUGUUGAGCUGAUUGGUGGGUUUGUUGUUUAUCAUAGUUUCAUUACAGCCUGAGGGCAGGGUUUCACCUUGGCUGCGGGAGAAGGAGUAGAUACUGUGAAUUCAACCAUCUCUGCCAACCGCAGCUGGACCAUGUCACGGAUCGGAGGAACCACAUGGAUACCUCUCACCAUGAUUCAUUCGCUGGCUACUCUACGCCUUUUUAUCUGGAUUGUGCUUGCAGCUGCAUGGGUGUCUAAAGCGUGUGCACAACAGCACCCUAUUGUCACAACAAACUACGGCAAGCUGAGAGGCUUAAAAACAGCUCUACCUAAUGAGAUUCUUGGGCCUGUGGAACAAUAUCUGGGGAUUCCGUAUGCCCUUCCACCCACAGGGGAGAGAAGGUUUCAGCCCCCUGAGCCCCCCAUGUCCUGGCCAGGGAUUCGAAAUGCCACACAGUUUGCCCCUGUUUGUCCUCAGUUUCUGGAAGACAGGUUUUUACUCAAUGAUAUGCUACCCGUAUGGUUCACGGCCAACUUGGAUACUGUUGUUACCUAUGUUCAAGAUCAAAGUGAAGACUGUCUGUACCUAAACAUUUAUGUACCCACAGAGGACGUAGGAGCCCACACAGUCAAAGGCGAUGAUUUCACCAAUAAUGAGGGUGGCGAUAAUAAAGACAUCCAUGAUGAGAAUGGACUGAGGCCAGUCAUGGUAUACAUUCAUGGUGGGUCCUACAUGGAAGGUACGGGGAACAUGAUCGACGGCAGCAUUCUGGCCAGCUAUGGAAAUGUCAUCGUUGUGACCCUGAACUACAGGCUUGGGGUGCUGGGGUUCUUAAGCACAGGUGAUCAGGCAGCCAAAGGGAAUUAUGGGCUGUUGGACCAGAUCCAGGCACUCCGGUGGAUCAAAGAGAAUAUUCAGGCUUUCAAAGGCGACCCAAAGAGGGUGACUAUAUUUGGAUCAGGAGCUGGAGCUUCAUGUGUAAGCUUGCUGACUCUGUCACACUAUUCAGAAGAUUUGUUUCAGAAGGCCAUCAUCCAAAGUGGGACUGCUCUGUCAAGCUGGGCUGUCAACUACCAGCCGGCUAAAUACACACGCAUCCUGGCUGAGAAGGUGGGAUGCAAUAUGCUAGACACUAUAGAUUUGGUAGAAUGUCUGCAGAACAAAAAUUACAAGGAGCUGAUAGAGCAGUACAUCACACAGGCCAAGUACCACAUCGCUUUUGGGCCGGUUAUUGAUGGUGACGUCAUCCCUGACGAUCCACAAAUUCUGAUGGAACAGGGAGAGUUCCUCAACUAUGACAUAAUGCUAGGUGUCAACCAGGGGGAGGGUUUUAAAUUUGUAGAUGGCAUCGUGGACAGCGAGGACGGUGUCUCUGCAAAUGAUUUUGACUUUGCUGUGUCUGAUUUUGUGGACCACCUCUACGGUUAUCCAGAGGGCAAAGACACGCUUCGAGAGACCAUCAAGUUUAUGUACACCGAUUGGGCUGACAAGGAGAACCCAGAGACCAGGCGAAAAACUUUGGUUGCACUUUUUACUGAUCACCAAUGGGUGGCUCCAGCGGUGGCAACAGCAGAUCUGCACGCGCAAUACGGAUCUCCAACGUACUUUUACGCCUUCUAUCACCAUUGUCAGAGCGAAAUGAAACCUAGUUGGGCGGAUUCAGCACACGGAGAUGAGGUGCCCUACGUGUUUGGAAUUCCCAUGAUUGGUCCAACGGAUCUCUUUAACUGCAAUUUUUCCAAGAAUGAUGUCAUGCUGUCAGCUGUUGUGAUGACCUACUGGACGAAUUUUGCAAAAACAGGGGAUCCAAACCAGCCAGUUCCACAAGAUACCAAAUUCAUCCACACUAAGCCUAACCGCUUUGAGGAAGUAGCCUGGUCUAAAUACAACCCCAAGGACCAACUCUACCUACACAUUGGGCUGAAGCCAAGGGUGAGGGAUCACUAUCGUGCGACUAAGGUUGCCUUUUGGUUGGAGCUAGUACCUCAUCUUCAUAACAUCAAUGAACUAUUUCAGUAUGUUUCAACCACAACUAAGAUACCCCCUCAAGAUACUACCCCUUUUCCUUAUACCAAGAGACUAGGUAAAACAUGGCCAUCCACCACACGCCAUCCUGGAGUUCCUCCUGCCAACACCAAACAAACAACAGACCAGCGUAAAGGCAAUGAUUUGAGCGAUGACUCAGCAGUGGUUAUUGAGACAAAGCGAGAUUAUUCCACUGAACUCAGUGUGACUAUCGCGGUUGGUGCCUCCCUCCUUUUCCUUAACAUUCUGGCCUUUGCAGCACUCUACUACAAGAAGGAUAAACGACGACAUGAGUCCAACCGACGAGGGCCAAGCCCACAGCGAAACUCUGCACCGGCUAAUGCAGCAGCUAAUGCAAAUGACAUAGCACAUCUGCAGAGUGAGGAGCUUAUGUCACUUCAGAUGAAACAGCAGCAAAUGGAGCAUGAGCACCAUCAUGAGUGUGAUUCUCUCCAAGCCCAUGACACGCUUCGUCUUACCUGCCCGGCAGAUUAUACACUUACUCUGCGACGGUCACCUGAUGACGUACCGCUCAUGACACCAAGUACCAUAACAAUGAUUCCAAACUCACUGGCCGGAAUGCAACCUCUGCACAAUUUCAACACCUUUGGAGGUAGCCAGAACAGUACCAACCUGCCCCAUGGGCAUUCGACCACCAGGGUAUAGCUCUGUGCUGUGCACUGGAAGAGGACUGAAAGUAGCUUUUUCAGAACUACAUGGUCUGCUGAAGCAUGGGUUAAAAACCUUUGUUUGACUUGACAAACUGAGCUGAGUUUGUUUUACUCUGAGACUUAUCUUGGUGGAUGAGAUGUUAUUUUCCUAUGAAGCCUUCUUGCAGAAUAUAUCAACGUUAAAUAUGACCUAAUUGCGAAAAAAUGAAUGUUACUAAAGUAUUACUUUAUUUGGAGCCAACUUGAUAAAGGCAAAGGACUUUACAUCAAAAGACAAGAGGAAGUCUUUCUGAGGAACUGGUUUGCUUGCAUAGAGAACAUAUACACACAAACAAUAAAAGGGUUAUAAAGGAUCUGACUAAACUUUGUAUGUGCCAUACCUUAUGUCAUACUCCAAGAGCAACAAAGAGCAAUGUAAUAAUCUGAGAAGUAUAUUUCAAACGUUAUUUUCCGAGUGUUGUCACAUACAGAACAUGUGGACUUAAAAAUCCCAGCCUGAAAUGUAAUUAUAACAAAAUUUGUAAAGGUGAUAAAAUGUAAAUACUCGUGAGUAAAUACAAAUGUUAAAAGAAUUACAAAAGCUUUUAUUGCAAUUUAGUUUGAAAUAUGACUAUUAAUGAGCUUACAAUUUUGUUAGGGUAUGUGUAAAUAUAUAUCAUUAUCUUUUAUUGUUUUAUUUUAUUUAUUAUUAUCUUUUUUAUUUUAUGUCUGUGCUAAACAGCUUUUACACAGAAAAAUCGAAUAAAAGCAGAUAGCUGUCUUAUUCCAAAGCCUCUUAAUAUCCGUUUCAAUCAUCUGAAUGUUCUUUUGUCCCAGUCCUUAAUGAAUAUUGCAUGUUUGAGUGUUGCUUUACAUUUGAUGACCCCCUACAGUGACCCCUUACAAAUCGUAAAAAUGAAAGAUUGCCUCUAAUUACAUUGCAGUGCUGGGCUAAGUUGCCAAUUCAAGCUGUUCAGAGACUUAUUUUGAACAUUUGUCUCAUUAUGCUUAAACUUGGGGUUUUGAUGGAGGGGGGUUGUCUCAAAUCAGAGCAACUUCUACCCACCCAAAUUUGCUUUACAUUCAUAAAUUUCUCUAUUUCUGAUAUGUUUUUGUUCUGUAACAUCACUGCCUGAGCUUUAUAUAUGACCAGGAUUGUAUUCUUAAAAGUAUCUAUAAAGAAAUAAUCCAGGCAGUGAAUUUGGUUAUCUUUAUUAGUUGGAUAUGUUUGUAAAGAAGUAAAUGUUAGAUAUUUCUAUUCGUAACAUGCUAGCAAUAUGUAAAGUACUGUGCCAGGCUUGUGAUAUUUUGGGUUAAAUCGUAAGUGAAUGAGUGUAAAUAAAUAAAAAUAUGAUUACUAUAAAUAAAUACACAGAAACAAAAUAAAAUAAAUUAACCCCAAUAUUUUUUUUAGUUUUGCAUCCUAUAACAAAAGAUGUUGAAAGUGGAAGAAAAAAAUGAAGUUUAUAAAUGCCAAAUGGAAGUUUAUAAAGUUACAUUUGUAUAUUAAAUCAUUAUUCAUUUUAGCCCUUGGUUUUGUCAGUAUAACAAGGGUAAAAUGUAGGACUCUUAAUAAUAGUUUGUCUUUUAUUGUUUGCUGUUUUUGCCUUAAGUGAUAGAUAAUAUUUCUGGCUGGACACCUGUAUAAAUUUUUCUGCAGCAUUUUUAAUAAAAUAUCACAGUAUUUUCUAAACCUUUGUCUGCAGAUCUAUUGACUAAACCUUUAAUGGAAAAUGAUGAUGAUGAUGAUGAUGAUACCAAGGAGAAGCAUAUUAUGUUGAUGUUUUGUUAUGUUAUGUUUCCAAAAUGGUCUUGGUCUUUGCUCCUAAAUUGACUGGUAUUGUUUAAAUUGGCAAAAUGUUGUGGCUAUCGAUAUUUUUAUCAUUUUUUUUCACAUAUGUAUUACUGUAGUAAAAAAAAUAAUUGUUCUUUUGAAGUUUCACAAUAAUAUCCAUUAAAGCAAAACCAAUUAGAUAGCAGAAGGGGGAGUAAAUGCAUUUGUUCUUGUCAUUUUCGCUUUAGCAGUUUCAGCUCUCAUUUAUUCCAAACGCAAGGCUAUAUACAUUACCAACAUUAUUCUGGUAAAACUUAUAAUGCACACAUUUUUAUUAACACUUCAGGAUGUUGGGUUUUGAAUCUUGCUAAUGUGACAACAAAAAUAAAUAAAUCUCUAGGGAUUGCUUUAGUCAUCAUCAUAUGAAUGUAGCCACUGACUCUGCACCCAGCAUCAAUAGCCCGGGGCCAUUU